CUUCCAAUAUCACAAUUUGUACAAAUGGAUUCAUUGAUACAACUUAAACAUUUUGUUAAUGUAUUAGAACAAUUUGUACAAGUGGUUCCAUUUAAAUAGUAUCCAGAUUUACAUGAAGUGCAUUAAGUAUUAUUUAAACAAGUUGAACAACUAUUUGAACAUUAAGAACAUGUUUAAUUAUUUAUAUAAUAGCCAGCUAUACAUUUAGUACAAUUAGAAGAUGAAUCAUUGCAAUUGAUGCAAUUUUAAUCAUCACAAGGUGUGCAUUAGUCAUUUUUUAAAAAUGUACCAGAUGAACAAGCUGUACAUUUUUAAUUAUUUAAACAUGCUAUACAUUUAUUAAUAAUGGAACAAGGUUUACAUUAUGUUCCAUUUAAAUAAGUUCCAGAUACACAAGAUGUACAUUAAGAGGAAGAUUAAUUACAAUUAAUGCAAUUAGAAUCAUCACAAGUUGAACAAGUAUUAUUUGUAUUAAGAUAAUUACCUGAAUCACAUUAUAAACAAUGUGCAUUAGUUUUACAUAUUAAACAAUUUGAAAUAAAAUAUGAACAAGGAUAACAUUAAUUUCCAUCUAAAAUAAAUCCAGGUACACAUGAUGUACAAGUUUAAUUAUCAGAACAUGUAUAACAAUUUAAUAUGGAUUUAGCACAUAGGACACAUUAUGUAUUAUUCCAAUAAUAACCAAUUAUACAAUUAGUACAUGUAUUAGCAUCAGAACAAGAUGAACAAUUUUAAAUAGAAGAACAUGUUUUACAAGUAGAUGAACCAUUAUCAAAAUAAGUUCCUUAAGCACAUUUUUAACAUUCAGAUGAUGAUGAAGAUGCUGUACUUUAACCUGAUGAUUAUGAUGAUUUUUAACAUGGUUCACAUGUUCCACCUAAAUCAUAACCAUCAUUACAUUUUUUACAAACUAUUUAUUAAUUUUAAUAAGAACAUUCUAAACAAUUUGCUAUUCCUUGACUACAACUUUUACAUGUAUCUCCAUAAGCAAAUUAAUUGA